AUGGCUGGUUACUACCAAGUUCCAGUAGGGUACAGGUUCAUGCCUCGAGACGACGAACUACUUCUUGGCUACCUUCGUCCCAAACUUGACGGACAGGACUAUCCCAAGGGCAUUGUUCAUGACUGUGAUCUCUACGGUCUUGAAGAACCAUCGGACAUAUGGAGACGUCUUAACCGUGCAUCACAUGAUGGUCAAGAAUGUACAGAUGAUAAAGAUAUCUACGUCUUCACCACACUCAACUCGAAUGCUCCUAAUGGCUCGCGUGUUUGCCGAACAGUUGGCACCACCGGCGGCACUUGGAAAGGCGAAGAUGCCGGCAAGGAAAUCUACGCUUCUGGGAUUAAACAUGCUAUUGGCUUAAAGAAAAGAUAUACAUACAGGAACAAAGGAUCCUCACAGAAUGACCAUUGGAUUAUGCAUGAGUUCCAUCUUGAUCCAUCUUUACUACGAAACAAACAUCAUCAA